GCAAGGGCGGGGGUGCAGAACUCUGCGGGGGGCUGGAGCCCGCCACCUCCUAUAAGUUGCAGUGGGCAGGGCUGAACUCCGAGACUCCAUGCGCUGCCCUGACCCCCCACCCCCACCCGUCCCCGGAGCCCUGGGCUCCUGAAAAGGCCCCUGAACCCCUCCUUCUCCCUGAACCUCUUUCUUCCUCUGAGCCCUUCUCUUCCUCACCAGCUCCCUCCUCUUCCCUAUUUACAGAUCCUAGCUAGUAAGCCAUAGGGGAGUGCCUUUUUCAUGCCUGCCUGUUUACAUGCAUGAGUGCACUUAAUCCUCGGGAGGAAACUGAGGCUCAGAAAGGGUAGGCAGCUUGCCUGAGGACAGCUAGAGUAGGGGAGGCUGGAUUUGAACCUGGGCAGUCUGUGCCCUGUGGUGGUUGUUAAGAAGCAGUUCCUUAGUGCCCAUUUUAUUUGGAUUAUUUGGGGCUUUUUGGUGGUAACUUGAAUAUGUUCUUUAUAUAUUUUGGAUAUUAACUCCUUUUUGGAUAGAUCAUUUGCAAAUACCUUCUCCCACUAAGAGCCUGCCCACCUAGAGCUGAAAGCCCCAGGGCAGCCACUGAGGAGAGAAGGCUUUAGGGCAGCCCAAGAAAGCAGCAAACUGAUCCCAAGGGUACACAGAGGUCAUCCGAGCUGAGUUUUCCUAACCUAAAGGUUACUUUCAACUGGGGUUGAGAGGGGUCUGAAAAAACCCUGACCUAAUAGCCACUUGUAUGGGGUUCCUGUUAUGCACCAAGCACUGUUCAGAGACUAUGCACCAAGACUGUGUUCAGAGCUGUGGGGGAGGCCCAGAUGCCAGUACUGGGAGUUCUAGGAUGGAUGAAAUAAUCCUCACCUGCUGCCCAACCUGCUCCUCAGGAAACAGGUUGGUGUCCAAGGUCACCAGCUAGCAAGUGGUGGGGCUGGGAUUUGAAUCCAAGCAGUCAGGCUGGGAAGUUGAGGGCACGCCAUUCUCCUAGUUACUAUGAUUCUGCCACCCAGAAAUAUGAAGAGACUGACUUCAGCUUCGCACUUAGAUGUCGUCAUUACCCUUGGAUUCAAUCCUGUGAAAUGCUUUGGGCCCCCACUGAAGCCCUACAGUGAGUCUGAAUCCUGGCCACACCCGUAGAGGUGUCAGAACUGAGUGGCUGUUGGCAUGUGAGAACAGAGGGGUGAGGAGCAUAAAGAAGGCCCCCCUGACCCUCAAGGCGCCCAUGAAGGACAGUGCUAUCAGCCUCUGGUCAAUGCUGACUGGGCAUCCAGCUCUGUGCUCCCUCGGAGUUUGAGUUUCCCCAUGUGCACAGCAAAGGCUGCACUGCCUGACCUCUUUCAAAUCGCAACCCCCCUUUGGCAAUUGAAUGAGAGACACAAGCCCUGGAAAAUGCAUAGGCAUGAAAAAAUUUGCAUACACUUUCUGCGGGGUUGGGUGGGGGUGUCCGUAAACUCCAGGCGGAAGCUGUUGGAAGGCAGUGUGGGGAACUGUUUAGGUUCCUGGGCUCUGGGGACACAGAGACACAGGUUCAGAUCCUGACUGCCCCCACAUACUAGUUCUAUGACCUUGUUAUAGAACCCAGAGGGCUUUCACCUCUCUGAGCCUUAUUCUUCUUAAUCAUAAAAUGCGUAAUUAUCACUUCACCAUGCCGUUGUGAGAACCAACUGAGACCCUGCAGGAAAGGCUUUAGCCUGGCCAACACUGUAGUGAGGCAUCAGCAGAUGAGGACUUCCAAUAUUCAAGGAGCUAUUUCUCCAAGGGUGACCCUUGGACCACCUGGAUCAGAAUCCCCUGGGAGAACUCGUUAAAUGCAGAUUACUGGGCUUCUGGCCCAGAAAGCCUGAUUCUGCGGGUCUGGGAUGGAGGCAACGAGUGUACAUUUUAAACCAGUCUCUGCCUCUCAAUUCUGAUUGGAGUUAGUCUAAGAAGCACUAUGGCUUUACAACCUCUACAGUCUAGGUCCCGUAGGCUGGGAAGAACAGAAAACAGGUGCACGGGCGGGGCAAUGGACGCCUCUGGGUGCCUGUCCACUCUGGGGACGGACAUAUCCCGGGCUACCCACCCCCUACCUUCCAAUGGAUCUUGGCGUCUCACCGUGCCUCUGCCCCCUCGCGCCGCCAGGCUACCACAGGGAGGGGCGAAAGGAUAAGGCUUCCCGGGUGAGGGGGGCAGAAAGGAAAGCGAAACUCCUCUUUCCAGAACUUUCACUUUCGCCGCCUCCGCGCGCCACCCAGGUGGCUUCGCGAUCCACUCUCGCGCUGGGGUCCCGCUCUCCCCGGGACCUGGCCCCUCCGGCGCACGGCGGCUCGGAUGGCCGGCGACCCCUGGCGGAGGGAGGAGAGGCAGGUUCCCGACGGCAGGCGACCGAUGGCGGGGGCCGGGGGUCCCCAGCGCCUCCGCGACUGGCUGGUGGCGCAGAUCGAGAGCGGGCGCUAUGCGGGGUUGCGCUGGGAGGACGCAGGCAAGACCCUCUUCCGCAUCCCCUGGAAACACGCGGCCCAGCAGGGCUACCAGGCGCAGCAGGACGCGGCGCUCUUCAGGUGGCCAGGACUUGCGCCCCGCCUGGGAAGAACAUCCUCCGGAGCCGGCAGGAGCCCCCUGGAGAUGUGACAGAGCCGGUGGCCCACAGGACAGACCAGGAUGGCUCCAGAUCAACCACAGAGGAUAAGGACAAGGAGCGCCCCCCCAGGCUGGCCCAGCAGGGCUCCCUGCCACCAGCUGUCCCAGGCCCUCUGGCUGACCACAGGUACCAGGCGCAGGACCCCACACACCGCUGGAGCCCAUCACCCUCUGAGGACUUCAGCAACCCCGAUUGCUGGCUGCACGUGCGGCUGUUCUACGGCGCGGAGCUGGUGCGGGAGGCCACCUCGCGCACGGCCGAGGGCUGCCGCCUGAGCCCCGAGGCAGUCAACGCGGCCGAGCGCCUGCUGGGGCCGCCACCGCGCGUCGCGCAGGUCGGCUUCCCGGAGCCGCCGCCCGGCGCCCGCGUGCUGCAGCGCCUGCUGCGACACCUGGAACGCGGCGUGCUGCUGUGGGUGGCCCCCGAGGGCGUGUUCGCCAAGCGCCUGUGCCGGGGCCGCGUGUACUGGCGCGGCCCGCUCGCCCCGCACCGCGAGCAGCCCAACAAGCUGGAGCGCGAGCGCACCUGCCAGCUGCUCGACACGCGCCGCUUCCUCGAGGAACUGCGCGCCCACCUGCAGGAUGGCCACCAGGAACCUGAGUACCAGAUCCGUCUGUGCUUUGGCGAGGAGUACCCAGGGCCCCCAGACCAGCCCGAGGAGCGACUCAUCAUGGCCCACGUGGAGCCCGUCUUCGCCCGCGAGCUCUUCCUGCACUGGAAGCGCCACUACCACGGUGCCACAGCCAAGGCGGGUCCCCAGCCCCGCAUCUCCGAUGGUAUCACCCACCUGCUGCCACAGCUGAGUCAGCACUAAGGGGUCACUUCCUCCCCUCCUCCCCUCAGAAGUCAGCACCUCCCCACCAGCGGACCCCAUCCCAGACCUGCCCAAAGAGCCAGUGGACUUGGGACUGCCCCCCGCUCAUCGCCCAGGUUGGUGGGGACAGCGGAAGCAGAUCCCUGCCCUUCAACCUCCCCGCCGCAGAGACGCAGCCCUGGAACGCGGCGCGUGGGCAGACGGCAAGCAGCUGGGCCUGGGAAAUCAGGAGGAAACCAAACUCGACCUUGAGGUUCUGGAAACAGCAGUUACGGCAGAAACAAGACUUCAUUUCUUGUUGAGAGCACAAGAGGUCUGCAGUGGUCUGCUUGAGUGCCCAUUUUACCUGCAACUGAUUCAUUAGAAGGUUUGCUUCAAGUUGGGUUUACCAGUUA